AUCUGGCAACACUGAGUCACGACUCCACAGUCCGUAUUGCGACAUGUCGGAAAACAUUGUGCGUGUGAAAUGCGGCAUUUCUGAGCAGGGACUUGAUGUUGUUAACUUAUUGAUUUAAAAGGAAACUGUGACAUCCUAAACACGGCUGUGUGCGGUGAUUGUGCCCCAAAAAGCGAUGCUGGUCACCGUUUUCUGCGCGCCGAGGGAUCGCCCAGAAUCCACCUUCGCCCUCGAUGUGUGUCCGGAGCUGGAACUCAGAGACUUUGUGGCGCUUUGUGAGCUGGAAUCAGGAAUUCCAGCCGGAGAGAUUCAGAUAACAUAUGUAGAACAGCCACUAAAAGACCCCACUCGUGCCUUGGGGACCUACGGUGUGAAGGAUGGAGACGUGGUGGUUCUCAGGCAAGCUGAUAGAAUGCCACCACCGACUCAACCAGCCUUCCCAGGUCUUCCCCUUAUUGACUUUCGUUCCAUCACAGUUCCGGGCACCUCCUCUUCAUCCAGCUUAAGAGGUGCUACUAAGCCACAGAAUCAAGCGCUACAGCAGCAGCCUAAGGCACAACCUUCCACGCCAAUGGCCUUUCGCGGCUCCGGCUCCUUUCCUCAGGGGCUCGAUGAUCCUGCUUUACUCCAGCAGAUGCUGCUAUCCAAUCCACAUGAGCUGUCACUCCUGAAGGAGCGCAACCCACCACUUGCCGAGGCCUUGCUGAGCGGAGACUUAGAGCGUUUCACCAAAGUGCUGCUGGAGCAACAGCAGGAUAGAGUCCGGAGGGAGCAGGAAAGAAUCAAGCUUCUUACCGCUGAUCCUUUUGAUUUGGAAGCUCAAGCAAAAAUUGAGGAGGACAUCAGGCAACACAAUGUGGAAGAAAAUAUGACUAUUGCAAUGGAGGAGGCACCGGAAAGUUUUGGGCAAGUGGUUAUGCUCUACAUUAACUGUAGAGUCAAUGGCCAUCCUGUGAAAGCUUUUGUUGACUCAGGAGCCCAGAUGACUAUAAUGAGCCAAGCGUGUGCUGAGCGCUGUAAUAUUAUGCGUCUGGUGGACCGACGCUGGGCUGGGAUCGCCAAGGGAGUGGGCACCCAGAAGAUCAUUGGCAGAGUUCAUCUGGCUCAAGUCCAGAUAGAAGGGGAUUUCUUGCCUUGUUCUUUCUCUAUCUUGGAGGACCAGCCCAUGGACAUGCUGCUGGGCCUGGACAUGCUGAAGAGACACCAGUGUUCCAUUGACUUGAAGAAGAACGUGCUUUUAAUAGGUACUACAGGCACUGAAACUCGCUUCCUGUCUGAGGCAGAGCUGCCCGAGUGUGCCCGCCUGGCGUACGGUGCAGAGGGGCGUGAAGAUGCCCGGCCGGAUGAGCUAGCUGACAGAGAAUUAGCAGAGGCACUUCAAAGGUCUAUACAGGAAACUGACACUGCAGAUGGACAAGCUACCUCACUGCAGCCCAAACCAUUCGCAUUACCCAGAACCUUAGAGCAAAUGUCCUCAUCCUCCUCCCUUUCCCAAAGCCUUUCCUCUGGUCAGCCCCAAAAUCCAAUGCAGGACUCCUCUCAAUCUGUCGCAGCCACCAUGGAGCAGGCUUCAGCACCAGGGCAUUGUCAGGACCAGCCAAGCUUCCAGGAACUUCCUCAGCUUUCAGCUCCAGCAGAGGAAACUGGUUUUACACCACAUCAGGUCAGUUCCCCUCCUCCUGCCCUUAGCAGCUCUGACGUGCUUCCUGUUCCCAGUCCAACACCAGAAGACCUCCCAUCAACUCUCCCUCCUGUAGAUGUGGCUGCAAAUGGCAUUCCAGUUCCCCAGAAUUCAGGGGGUGAGGUACUGCCUGGAAACACAGAAGGUGAUGCUGAAACAGAUGCAAUGGAGAACAGCAUCAUGCUCCCCCACCCAGAGGAAAUUUCACCCAUUCAGCCCAUGGAUGAGGAGGUGAAAAGGUGUGGCACUGCUGAUGAAAUAGAAGUAUGUGAGAGUGCUCCUGCUCAGCCUGAGUCAAUUGAAAUGGAGUUCCUCCCAGACUCUCAGGUAGCAGCUCCCUUUGAGAGGGACCAUCCUGAUGGAGAACACUACACCAACACUGAGAGCAUCCCCUCACUGGCAGCCACUCUGAAGGAGCUUCACGAGCUCCUGGUCUCCAACAACGUCACUCAGUCACAGAACCGCUCUCCCGCAAAGUCUUUCAGGCCUGAUGCUGACAGAGUGUCACUUGAGCCAUGUACCCAAGGAGCUGAAGAUGCCCAGCCUACUCUUUCUCCUACCAUCAUGACUGAACCUAGUGACACCAAAGCCAACAAUGCUGCUGUGUCUGAUGAAGGACCAUUUAAGUGUGUUGUACUUAACCUCUCUGGCCAUGAUGAUCAUCUGGGUGGAGACAUACCAGAAACUUUGGAGGAACAAGUGCCACUACAAGAUCCAGGUGAGAGGAGGGUGGACAAAUGUCAACAGGAUGAUGAUAAUGUCAGCAUUUCUCAGCCCGAGCCAGAAGGGCCUUCAGCUCCAGGAGGGGACCUGGAGAUCAGGGAGUUGUCUGAGGUCCAGCAGAGCCUAGAGGUUACAGAUGAAAGUCAGGAUGAUGAUGUCCCAGACACACUUGUUCUGCAGAGAGAGCACAACCUUUUGCCAGCGAUAGUGGGUUCACUUGAGGACAGUUCAUCCCCUGCUGCUGCUCCUCGUGCUACAGCACCUCAACCAACAUCUCCAGCUACUCUUCUCUGUGUGCCGCAGCCCCUUAGAGAACAGUUUCCAGCUGAGCACAUCCAGAGAAUCCAAGCAGCUGGCUUUUCUGCCCAGGAAGCUGCAGAAGCACUGGAAAAAGCCCACGGAAUUGUGGAGGUUGCUCUGCUGGCGCUACUAGCCCGCAGUAUCACUGUGCCAACCUAGACUAAAAAAAAAAAAAAAAAAAAAACCCAUGCGAGUCUCCAGCCUCACACCUCGGCUUCUGUCUUAUUUUUUCAAUUUAUUAUUAAUACAGAUGUCCCAGUUCCUUCUGAUGAGAGUGCGGACAGCACGGUUUUGUCGUACAGAAUGUCGGCAGACAAACAGGACUACUGCUCGGACUUUUCUGGAUUUGGCAAAUAUGUGAGGUGUGUUUGCAUGCAGAUGUUUUGGUUCCCACCCAGUUUGGUGGUUUUUACCAAUCAAUUUGGUCUGGUAGAUUCCCCCCACCCCCCCAAACCUUACCAUAGUAUUAACUGCCCAAUGUACAAUUGGUUAUUGAUGCAAAAUUAUAACAUUUUUCUUUAAUAGCUCACAAAGCUAUCUUUACUUGCAGUUGUGUAAGGCAUGAAGAUGCGCUGCAUAAAUAAAUUAAUCUCAAUUUAUGCAGCCUUAUACUCCUGUGCCAGAGCAACUUUCUGGUAAAACACAUCUCAUUCAGCACAAGUGAUCUCCUGAAAGCUCAUAUCUACGUACAAAUCACAAAGUUAUGAAGACAUAUUUUAUUGCGCAUCAGUUUAAGGAGGGUUGAUCUUUGUUCAUACAGUAUAAAAAUCAUUUCUCCGUGUUUUUUUUUUUUUUUUUUUGAAUGACAUUCAAAUCUUGAAUAAUGUCCUGCUGUAUUUACAGCUGCCACCAUACGGAAACAUCGGGUAUAAUUUAAAUGUGUUUGGGAAAAUAAGAUGAUGGCUUCUUCUUUUUUUAUUUUUUUAAAUCAGUAUGUGUAUUACAGAUGGUGUCAUGUACUGUAUCGUUUUCCGCAGUUUGAAAACUUUGCAAUUUGUAGUUUCCAAAGCUUUUCAGUCUUUUACUGUUUUGUCAGAUCAUAGAAUGUCCAUUUCUGUCAGUCUUUGUUGUUGAGUCAUCUCACGAUUUUAAAUGGCUUUAUUUGAGUCAUACCGACAAUUUUGAGGCAGAUUGAAUUAUUUACUUGUAUCUUAUAUGAAAUUUUUAAUUUCAAAUAAAAUGGAAAGUGUUUGUA